AAGUUAAAAAUCUGUUUCGAAGAGGAGCUCCGAGCAACCACAAGGAAGCGUCGCCGGUAGCCGGAGAUCGGAUUUAGCACACGAGUGUCGGAUUUGAUUGGCGAUAUCGAUCUAACGAUGGGGUUUAUCUUUACAACCCUAAUUUUCAUUGUGAUCGGAAUAAUUGCGUGUUUCUGCACUCGAAUCUGCUGCAAUAAAGGCCCCUCGGCGAACCUGUUCCACCUUACAUUGGUGAUUACUGCUACCAUAUGCUGUUGGAUGAUGUGGGCAAUUGUUUAUCUUGCACAGAUGAACCCAUUGAUUGUCCCAAUUUUGAGUGAAGGAGAGUAAACCUUACCCAUCCAUCCUGAGAUGGCAUUUGCAGCAACAGCACCCCUCUUGCAUUUGUGAAUUAAGGGAUGAAACUGAUGGAUUUAUUUUGAUUCAAAUUAUUCAAAUAUGUUAAGGAAUUGCAAACAUUGCUGCAUUCUUUACUUCGGAUUUUAUAGGAAGUAGUUUUCUUGUUCAAUUCUUUGAAGUUUGUGAAAUUAAAUAAUUGAUGUUUAUUCAUUUACUUUCAAGGCUUCUUUACCUCUUUAUUUUUGGUAUUUCUUCACAUAUGAAGAAGUUA